ACCGGAAGCUGAGUUUUUAUCCAUUUCCUCUACAUGACAAAGAAAGACUGGAAAAGUGGUUAAACAAUAUGAAGCGAGAUUCAUGGGUUCCCAGGAAAAGACCCUUCUAAAAAAAAAAUCCCAGAAGAAAAACUUGGAAGAUGAGAAAGAAGUAUGCCCAAAAGCCAAGUCAGAAGAAUCAGUUGUAUCAAAUGAGACAAAGAAAAAUAUAGUUAACACAAAUGUGCUCCCUCAACAUCCAGAAUUACUUCAUUCAUCUUCCUUGGUAAAGCCACCAGCUCCCAAAACAGGAAGUAUACAAAAUAACAUGUUAACUCUUAAUCUAGUUAAACAACAUACUGGGAAACCAGAUUCUACCUUGGAAACAUCAGUUAACCAAGAUACAGGUGUAGGUGGUUUUCACACAUGUUUUUAUAAUCUAAAUUCUACAACUAUUACUUUGACAAUUUCAAAUUCAGAAAGUAUUCAUCAAUCUUUGGAAACCCAAGAAGUUCUUGAAGUAACUUCUAGUUAUCUUGCUAAUCCAAACUUUACAAGUAAUUCCAUGGAAAUAAAGUCAGCACAGGAAAAUCCAUUCUUAUUCAGCACAAUUAAUCAAACAGUUGAAGAAUUAAACACAAAUAAAGAAUCUGUUAUUGCCAUUUUUGUACCUGCCAAAAAUUCUAAACCUUCAGUUAAUUCUUUUAUAUCUGCACAAAAAGAAACCACGGAAGUGGAAGACAUAGACAUCGAAGACUCCUUGUAUAAGGAUGUAGACUAUGGGACAGAAGUUUUACAAAUCGAACAUUCUUACUGCAGACAAGAUAUAAAUAAGGAGCAUCUUUGGCAGAAAGUCUCUAAGCUACAUUCAAAGAUAACUCUUCUAGAGUUCAAAGAGCAACAAACUCUAGGUAGAUUGAAGUCUUUGGAAGCUCUUAUAAGGCAGCUAAAGCAGGAAAACUGGCUAUCUGAAGAAAAUGUCAAGAUUAUAGAAAACCGUUUUACAACAUAUGAAGUCACUAUGAUAUAGAAUAACUAGGUUUUAAAACUAUGGCUGUUAAAUAAGCUUUUUCCAGCCAAACCAAACUACAUGUAAAGUGAACUUUUUCCUGUAUAAAGUUCUCAUCUUAAUGAACCUAUGAGAGUGUUGUGAAGUUAUGAACUGUAUCCUAUUCUUGUAAUGCUCAUUUAAGAAAGACCAGAGAGUUGGGCUGGAGAGAAAAGCAGUUUUAUUACUUGAUAAUUUUCCAAAUUAAAAUUUAGCACAUAAAAGGAUUCAGUUAUAACAUGAGAAAACAAAGAAGUGUUCAAAGAGCACAGACUAGAAGUCAGGUUCAGGAUUCAGUCCUGGUUCUACCACUGGCAUGUGACUUGGGUAAGUUACUUAUGAUUGUGCCUCAGUCCCUAAUUUGUAAAAUAAGCACUUACUAGAUUUCUAAUUGUCUGCUUCUUUAUAGUUCCUUCCCUUUUUAUUAAGAUAUUUCUAUUAGAACACAUUUUCUGUAAGAUAAUAUAUACUUAAUACUAGAAGUUGGCUAGAAUUUGAUGAUAUUAAACUAUGUAUUAUUUUCAAUAUUUAUUGAAUUCUGUGGUGUUUGACCUUUUGGCUGUAGUUACAUAUUACGGUUAUAUUAUCUGUAAUAGAAAGGAAGAUAAACCUUUUUUUUUUUUUUGAGAUAGAGUCUUGUUCUGUAACCCAGGCUGGAGUGCAGUGGCCUGAUCUCGGCUCACUGCAGCCUCUGCCUCCCGGGUUCAAGUGAUUCUCCUGCCUCAGCCUCCCGAGUAGCAGGGAUUACAGGCGCACACCACCACAUCCAGCUUAUUUUUGUAUUUUCAGUAGAAACGGGGUUUCACCAUGUUGGCCAGGCUGGUCUCGAACUCCUGACCCCAGGUGAUCCACCUGCCUCGGCCUUCCAAAGUGCCGGGAUUACAGACGUGAGCCACUGUGCCUGGCCAAGAUAGAACUUCUAUAAUUUUAUUCCAGUUGAACUAAACUAAGGAACCACCCAUUAGCCCAGUUCUUAGAAGAGGUACUUCAGACUUGAAAUAAUAUGUAUUUCGGUAACUUAUAUGUGGCUAGCCAUCAAGUACAUAGUCAUCUGAGCUAAACGUUCUGUAUUUACACAGUUAUAUUUAUAAACCAAAAAUUUUAAUAGGUUAAUUUUAAAUAUAUUUUAGAAAUCACAGUUUGUAUCUGUUUCUUAGUAGGUGUGGCCUUUAAAAUAUGUGCUUAUUCAUUGUUAAAUUCCAGAAUAAUAGAGUAAUACUUAAUACUGUACAUUCCCACUUAUGUAUAUUUUAUUAAAAUUUAUAAGCAAGAAAUGACACAUAAGUGGUCAUGAUCUUAGGGAGACAAAGAAUUUCUCUUAGGAAAGAGAAGUGAUGGUAAUGUAAAUAAAAAUGCUGUUUAUAUUCACAUGAUUUUAAGAAAACUGUAAAAGCAGAGACUUUAGUAAUGACACAAAUGUGACAAAUAGAUGUUUUCUUAAAAUUGGCAGUCAAUAUAAUUAUGUUUCUGCCUAUGAUGUUGAGGAAGUUCUGUAAGUUCUAUCAGUCUGAUUCUUAGUUUUCUCAUCUGUUAAGUAGAACAUACUAUUACUUACCUUAAAGGGUGGCUUUGAGAAUUUUGUAAGGAACAAACAUGUUUUUGGUUCUGGAAUAUAGGAGGUGCUCAAUAAAAGUUGACUCCGAAUGGCAAAAAGAAAAAAAAAAAAAA